GUGGCAACCAUAGGUCCAUUUGGGUGCUGAGGGAGGGAGUGAGGUUAAAGGGUUAGGAGGGGCCGCACACAUGGGGGAACUUGGUGAACACCGGGCCAGUUUGCUCAGUAAUCCAAUCCCGGAGGUCGAGACUUUGGGAGAGUUAAAGCAGGGACAGAACAAUGGCAAUUUGGACCUUGAGAGUGAGCCAUUUGGGAGCCAAUGGUUGCAGGGCUCUAAGGCCACUACAGGGCGAACCUCAGAAGAACCAGAGGAGGAAAUCCCCCCAGAGGAGAUGGCUGGGGAAGAGCUCCCGGAGAUCUCCAAUCUGGAUGGUUCUCUUCGACAAGACCUGGAGGUGGAAGUGGUUGAAAUGAGCCAUCUGUCCAUCACUGAGCGGACUCCCAGUGUCUCCACAGCCAAGGGCAGGAAAAAGAGGAGCCGGAGGCUGCUGGAGCUGGCGAAGCCUAAGACCAACUGGCAAUGUCUGAGAGACAGGACGGGGCGCUGUUGUAAGGGCUAUGCCUGGAUUUCCCCACGCAAGACCAACUUGCAGUUCUGCCUGUAUUGGCCUUCUGUAUACUGGACCGAGCGAUUUAUCGAGGACACCACGUUGACCAUCACGGUCCCUGUGGUGUCCCAGCGCAUGGAGGAACUUUCGAGGCCCAAGCGGUUCUACCAGGAAUAUUACAACAAUAACAGGACAACGCCCAUCUGGUCCAUCCCUCGGUCCACUCUGGAGUACCAAGCUUCUAACCGGCUGAAGCAACUGGCUACCCCGAAGGUUCGCAAUAACAUCUGGAGCAUUAACAUGUCUGAGGUUUCCCAAGUCUCCAGAGCAGCCCAGAUGGCAGUCCCGACCCCACGGACGCUUCGGCUGGCAAAGCCCAGGCCCCCAGCCACUCUGUUGGAAGAGUGGGACCCUAUGCCAAAACCCAAGCCUUACGUGUCAGACUAUAACCGCCUUCUUCAGUUGGCAACACCCAAGGCCCUGUCAGAAAAGUGCGUUCCUGAUCGCAGUCCUCAGUGGGAGGUCCUGGAUGUCACCAAGAACGCGGUGGCCAGUUCACGGAUCAUCUCCCUGGCCCAGCCCAAAAUUCGAAAGGACCUCAACGAGGGCUACAACCCAUACUACAUCUCCCCAGCCUCUCUGGUGGCUCAGGCAUCUCCUCGCAUUUAUGAGCUUGCCACCCCCAAAUACAUCACCAAGAAAGUGUGACAACCAAGCCUUCUCUCCAGCUCACCCCCAGUAAACACCAAGUGCAUCCUCGCCUGUGUGCGUGAAUCGAUGAGCUUCGUGGCUUGGGCAGGGGCAGGCGGGCGGGGAUGCCAGAGG